ACCUGCCCAGACAAUAAAUGACAUUUAUAAAUGUAUAUAACAGCUUUUCUUCUCAUUAUAUACAUAUACCUUGUUACUCUUCAUGAUGAAGCUUAAUUUCAGUCAAAUUUAUUUUUAAUCUGAUCAUGUGAUAAUGUUCAACAGCCCCAACCCACUUCUCCUGUAUGAAAUAUACCCCUGUAUAUGUUUUUGAUCUAGAAGAAGCUACAUUCGUUUUAGACUGAUCAUGUGAUCAGGUUUACCCCCCCGCCCCACACACACACACUCAGUUCUUCUGUAUGAAAUAUAGAUAUUAGCACAUGUAUCACUAAAUUCUUAAAAUAUGGACCCGGGCUGGUAAAAUACCAGUGGAUCCUAUAGACAUAUUAUAUUAAUAUAUAUAAAUAAUAUAAAACGUAGCACAGCAAAUAAUUCCACUUACCUCUUUGUCCUGCAGAGCUGGGCUCGAUUCCCAUUAAAAAUAUAUAUUUAUAUAUUUUGGUAUAUAUCCAAUAACAAAAAAUCUACAUCCAAAAAAACUAACUUUUCUCUUUUUAUUUUGAAGGAAUUCCAGGAGUGCAGAAUGCAGCUUUCUGAUCCAUCCCCUACAUGCUCAGAAAUACAUAAUGGAUUUGAGGCUGCUUGUUCUGCAGACAGCUACCUCCAAAACAGGCACUUUCAAAAUUACCCCAGCCAAGAUGAUAGCCUUAGUUUUCUGGAUCAACUGUUUCCUGAUCUUUACCUGCCUUCAGAUUGCCUGGCAGAUUCAAACUUCAACUUCUUGCAGAGUUCAUCAUCUCCCUGUGCACUGGAAGGCAACGGCCAGCUGGCUCCUAGCUGUCAACAGAGCAUGGCUCCUGAAUCACCUGCAGGCUCAGACGAUAUGUCAAACUCCUUUGAGUAUUCCCCAACGUAUCAAGAGAUACCAUACAACUAUCAAAAUCACAAUGCCUACCAGGACCCUGGGAGCUGUGCCUUUGCUAAUGUGGAUAGUUAUUACCAACACCAACACAAUGCAGCCUACUGUUACUGUGUAUGUUGUCAAGCUGUGGAACAUCAAGAAGCAAUGAAGUUACUGGAACCAUAUUCUUAUGCGAACACAAACUGCAUGGAAUAUUUCCCUUCAUCAACUGUAUCAUCAGAGGACUUCUUUCCAAGAGAAAUGAAUGCAUAUGAAGUCUCACAGCUAAGAUGAGAGAUCAGCAUUUAUUAUUGACUCCUGGAGGCACCUAGACCACCAAUAUAUUUCUCUGCCCCAUUAUUUGUGGUCCAUCUAAAACUUUCUGAACAAACUUUAGCAUUAAAACUGCCUAUCACUCA